AUGGAGACAUUAAACAAUGCACUUGGCUUGGAGUGGAUGGACGGCAAGAGUAUUUUGAUAUUUCUCUUUCUUUUUCUGUUGUUGACUGAUUUUUGGAAGCACAAGGUGCCGACAAACUUUCCUCCUGGACCCUGGUCUUUUCCUUUGAUUGGUGACUUUCCUCGCAUCAACCCCACCAAAAUCCACCUGCAGUUCAAGAAGCUUGCAGAGAAAUAUGGAAACAUUUUCAGCCUUCGUCUCUUUGGUGGAAGGAUUGUGAUCAUUAAUGGAUACGAGUUUGUGAGAGAGGCCUUGGUCCAAAAAGGAGAGGUCUUCGUAGAUCGCCCUGUCAUACCAAUUUUUAAUGAUUUAACUGGGGAUAAAGGUCUGGUGUUAUCCAAUGGCAAUUCAUGGAAGCAGCAGAGGAGAUUUGCUCUUCACACACUCAGAAACUUUGGUAUUGGCAAGAAGAGCCUGGAGCCAUUCAUCCAGCAGGAGUGCCAAUAUCUCACUGAGGCUUUUGCCCUUCACCAAGGCAAACCUUUUCAAACCCUGUCUCUGAUAAACAAUGCUGUGUCCAAUGUCAUCUGCUGCCUGGUCUUUGGGGAACGUUUUGAGUACACUGACAAGACGUUCCAAAAUAUUCUUCAAACCUUCAAUGAGUUGGUGGCCUUGCAGGGAAGUUUGUGGGUGCAGCUUUACAACACAUUCCCCUGGCUGGUAAAGUGGCUGCCUGGACCUCACCAAAGGGUAUUCACUCUGGCACAAGAGGUGGUCAACUUCAUAGAAAUCAAGAUGAAGGAACACAGAGAAAGCCUUGACCCCUCCUCACCCAGAGACUACAUUGACUGCUUUCUCACAGAGAUGAAAGAGGAGGAGAACAAAGAGUCUGGCUUUGACAUCAAGAAUUUGUCUUUUUGCACUAUGGACCUGUUUGGUGCUGGAACUGAAACUACAACCACAACUUUACGAUGGGGGCUUACAUACAUGAUCUACUAUCCUGACAUACAAGAGAGAGUCCAGGCUGAGAUAGAUGCUGUCAUUGGUUCGUCCAGGCAGCCCUCUCUGGCUGACAGAGAAAACAUGCCCUAUUGUAAUGCUGUCAUCCAUGAAAUCCAGAGAAUGGGCAACAUUGUUCCUCUUAAUGUGGCCCGCAUGGCAAUCAAGGACACCAUGAUCAGUAACUUCACAAUCCCAAAGGGCACCAUGAUCAUACCCACACUGGACUCGGUUCUUCAUGAUGAGUCGAUGUGGGAAACUCCACACUCCUUCAACCCUCAUCAUUUUCUGGACCAGAACGGGAAAUUUAGGAAGAGAGAGGCCUUCAUUCCUUUUUCAGCAGGGAAGCGCGUGUGUCUCGGGGAGCAGCUGGCCAGGAUGGAGUUAUUCCUCUUCUUUACCUCCCUCCUUCAGAGGUUUUCUUUCUUUGCAGCCCCUGGAGAGCAGCCCACUCUGGAGUACAAGUUAGGAAACAUUCGCUCGCCCAAACUUCGCAGCCUCUGUGCUGUACCACGAUAAACCCCCAACUAUCCCAAACCGAGCCAUCUCUUCACAUGAAUCACCAAUCAUCAAUGAGUUCCACUUUAUUGAUAUUCUAAUAUACACUAUUUGCUAUAUUGAUCUCUUCCUAUGAGUGACACAUAACUGGGAAGUAUGUUUCCUCUUCUCAAUCAAUAUGCCUUUUUACAUUAUGAAUGUAAUCUUCAGAAUUCAAAUGUGCAAUGAAAUCCUAAAAUAAUAAAAUUAAUAAAUUGGGCUAAAACAUUACAUAAAAGACAUAUUUGAUAAGCUAAGUCUAUCUGGUUCAUGGGGGAAAUAUCACCUUUGAAUUUCCAAAGCUUCCUCAAAUUCACAACUCUCAAUACAAAGUCUAGGGUAAGCAGGGACUGCAUUUAAGGUAAUUUGAGAAACACAAGUGAUAAAUUAAAUUCCAGAACUUUUGUAUCUCGGGAUGAUUCCUCGGCUGUGAAAUAGAGCGCCUGUCUGCAUUGAAUUUGACACAGAUAUCCAGAAUAUUUUAAAAAGAAAUCACUGGCACCUAAUCUUUUCUUUUCUACUCCACAUUGGAUUUGUCUAUUUUGUUGA